UGUUUAUGUUUCUCAUGAGAUACAUCGGGACUCGACUGGAUAAGAUAAACGACCAUAUUUCACAACUGUCGGAGAAUGACGAGUGUGGACUGAGAUGCACGUGGAGACAGUCCAUCAUCGUCACUCGUCGCCACCGUAGAAGAAUGGGAUACAACAGACGCAUGUUAUGGACUGCAAUGUAAAUCGAUAUUCGCUGAGGUGACAUAGAAAAAUCGAAGAAGAUAUCUCGUGGGAAGAAAGAAGAAUAUGUCGUUGAACGAAUGCGCCAAUAUUAUCUGGCCAAACUUGUGCCAUCCCACGAAUCUACUUUCGAAUAUUAAGACACGUCGUAUACAGCGUGACUCAAAGAGAACAAAAUCGACGAUUUCAUUUUCGACUUGCUUCAUAGGCUACGUUAUUACGUUUGUCAGUCGACUACGUGUACUACGUUAUCACUCGACUGCUAAUGCAAAUGUCUUUUCAGGCAUCUUCACUCGGAACUUUGCUGGAUAGCUCGCAGUAUGAACAGGUUGUUUGGAAUUCAAAUCACCUUGCAGAUGGUGACCUACUUCGUCCUUUUAACCGGACUGAUCUAUUUGCAAUACAACACAUUGAUAUGCCUAGUACACACUUUAGCGAACCGUGCGAUCCGCUUGAAACUUACCAUUGACAGCGAUAUAUGGUUGGCUCUCUUGGUGGGCAAGCUCGUGUCAAUGAACCAUGUCUGCGAGAGCGUUAGCAUCAAGGCGCGGAAGACCAAGGAAGUUGUACAUAAAUUAACAAAUCUUGCUUCCUUCGCGGAGACGCGCGACGAGGUGAGACAAAAAG